AUGGCUAAAGAUGAGCACACGAGCAUGGCCGAAACAGCCGCAUACGCAGUGCCCCAGCGAGAACGGCCGUGGCUGCUACCAUACAACCGCAAGCUCCGGCACCUCCAAGCCAUCACAAUCCGCAACCUCACGCUGCAGCCGCCCCCCAGCCGCCCCCGCGGCAAGACCAUCGACGACGAGGCCCUCCCCUUUACCCUCAAGUCGCCCGCCAAAGCCCUUGCCCAGCGCGAGACCCGGAAGCUCGAGCACUCACGCUCCUCCUCCGACCUCCGGCCCAUCAACGAGUCGGCUAUCCACGAUGACGGGGAGGCUGUGGAGAAGAACAAGACCAAGCAGCUGGGGACGCCGCUCAGGCCGUCGUUCGCUAAGAUGCGCAGGAGGAGCACGAUGGAUUGGUCGGGGCUGUCGCCGCUGCAGAAGCAGAAGAAGUUGGAAGAGGUGACGGCGGCGAGGAUGGCGGAUGUGUUUUACUCCCUCCAUGUUGAGGGCGUUGAGGACCCCGUAUACGUCAGUGAGGUAGCUGAGAAGGCCAUGAACCCCAAUUUCCGCUUCUUCGACCUGAGUUCCUGCGGACCGGCUGUGACGAGGCUAGAAGACCUGACAGUCCGGGUCUGGGCCAAAACCGAGGCAGUGCAGGACUACCAGUUUCUCGUCGAGCUUACCAUCAACUUCCGCUCGCUGCAGUUCAUCGGCAAGGCCCUAGAAAACUUCCACCACCCUCUCCCUCACAACAGCAUCCUCUUCCACCUAACCGACGGCGUCUACACCACCUUCACCGACCUCCCCACCGAAGCCCCCCUAACCGCCUCCCUCCCUGCCCCCGCCCCCGUUCCCACAAAACCCUCCCUCGCCAAACCCCUUCCAACCUCCUCCUACGACGCUUUGAUGCGCCUCUCCACCCUCGACGACUGCAUCCAAGACGCCCUCACCACGCGCGAGAAGCUCGCCGCAGAAAUCUCCGCCCUCCUCCAGUCCAACGAACCAGCCCUCACCCUCGCGCGCCGCAUCCCCGAACUCCACGACCGCAUCCAGACCGUCUCGUCCGCCGUCAACACCCAGCGCCGCCGCCUCGACGCCACCCAAAAACGCUGCGCCGACCUCCGCGCCAGCAUCGCCUCCCGCCGCCAACUCAUGCGCGAAGGCCACGCCGCACAAGCCGCCGCCGAGUCCGCCAUCACCACCGCGCAGCCCGAGCUCGACGACGCGAAAAAGGCGCUCCAGGCGACAGGGGAAGCGAUCACAGCGCAGCGCCGCCGCGUGUGCGAGGACCUGGGCUCCAUCUACCCGAUCGAGCCGAUCGCGGGGCGGGCGCUCGCGUUCACGAUCCGCGGGCUGCGGCUGCCGAACUCGGAGUUUGAGGAUAUGGGGGAUGAAGACGAGGUCGCUGCGGCGCUGGGGUGGGUGGCGCAGGUUGUGCUGCAGCUCUCCGCCUACCUGGGCGUUGGGGUGCCGUAUCCCGUGCGGCCGCACGGCUCGACGAGCGUGGUGGAAGACCCGGUCAGCCUUGCCACAACCGCGACCACCGCCUCCGCUGUGACGGCAACGGCGGCAGGAGGGGCGGCGGCCACGUCGGCAGCAAGGAUCUACCCCCUCUUCCCCCGCCACGCCCUCCGCUACCGCUUCGAGUACGCCGUCUUCCUGCUGAACAAGGAUAUCGAGAUCCUGGCCAACUGGAUGGGGAUCCGGCUUAUUGAUAUUCGCCAGACGCUGCCGAAUCUCAAGUACCUCCUGUAUGUCGCUACGGCGGGGACGGGGGAGGUGGUGGGGCGGAAGGCGGGGGGUGUGAGGGGGCUGUUGAGGGUGGAUUUGAAGAAGGGGGGGAAGGAGGAGGUCGAGGCAGGGGAGCAGGCGGCGAGGAAGCUGAGGGAGGUGGCGAGUGCGAAUGGGAAGGUGGAGGUGGGGAAGGGGGAUGGGAACGGGGCGGUGGGUGGGUAUGGGAAGGUGCAGAGGGCGGUGCAGGAGAGUAAGCUUAGGGAGGUGAGCUGA